GCGGUUUUAACAUAUAGCUAUUCGACUAGAAAAUAUAGAUCCAAAUCCUCCAAAAAGAACAAAGAGCCAUGUCACUAGCCAUUCAUCCUAACUUUCACAUUUCAAAGAACCACAAAUGGAGGACAUGCCUUGCUAUUAUCCCUUCCAACCGUAGCUACAAAUCCAAAACCCUAACCUCUAUGCCAUGUUUCACGUCGUUACAACCCCCGUCAACCAGUCCCCUGCGUAUUAAAACAAGAGGCCAUGUAACUAGGGUAGCAGCGGCUGCGUCUGCAGCGGGGGUACUAGAUGAUUCAACGUCGGAGUUCGAAAAGAGGCCUAAGGGAUGGUUUUGGUUUAGGAAAUGGGAUUCCGAAGACGUAGCUAGCAUUUGCUGGUUUGUCGGAAUUCAUGUGCUGGCUGCUUGCGCACCUUUUAUGCUUGAUUCGGGUGCAAUCAGAGUGGCUGUUGUCUUGGGUUUAUUGAGUGGGUUUGGUGUGACUCUUGGUUAUCAUAGACUUCUUUGUCACCGUAGUUUCAAGCUCCCCAAAUGGCUCGAGUAUUUCUUCGCUUAUUGUGGUGCUCACGCCUUCCAGAGAGAUCCAAUGUUUUAUGUGAACACACACGUGGCCCAUCACAAGUAUACCGAUACAGAUAGGGAUCCUGUUGCCCCAAUCCGCGGUUUUUGGUAUAGUAAUUUGGGUUGGUUCUGUAACAACGACUAUGUUGCUUCGAAGUGUGGAGAACCAAAGGGUGGAGAAUACUCUAAAGUAUCCGAGCUAAAGGCACAGUGGUUCUAUAGGUUUCUUCAUGAUACUUACUUCUGGCAUCCAGCUGCACUUGCAGCCUUACUAUAUCUCCGAGGAGGCUUUUCCUAUUUGGCCUGGGCCAUGGGUAUGCGAGCAGUUGUGACUCAUCAUUUCGCCUCAUUGGCAUCCUCUGUCAGCCAUAAAUGGGGCGAGAGGCCGUGGGACUGCCCGGAUACUUCCACCAAUAAUUGGUGGGUGGCAAUGUUGACUCUUGGAGAGGGUUGGCAUAACAAUCACCACGCUUUCCAGAGAUCUGCUCGACAUGGAUUUGAAUGGUGGCAGUUGGAUCUGACAUGGGAGUUGAUCAGGUUUCUUCAAUUUGUUGGAUUGGCAACUGAUGUCAAGUUAGUGAGUGAGGCCGAUAAAAGAAGAAUGUCAUUGAAGUGGGCAAAGUUGAAACAAAAAAAAAAUGAAACUGUAAAACAGGAACAAGGGAACCCUCGGGAAGUUUCAGUAUAAAAACAUGGUGCCAAAUGGAUAACAUGACUAUAAAAUUUAUUGUUUUAGCAGAAGGCUUUAUAUAAUAUUUAUUGUUAAAUCUUCUUUAAUGUAAACUGUAAUAAUGGUUCUUGUGAUUUGUAUUUAUUUUGUAUCACGUCUUUGAAAGAUAGUUUUUAUAUAAAAUUAAUUGUCAUUAUAGCAA